CAGGAAGCUGGGGGGCUGCCAUUUUUCCCUGCUAACAUUUUAGAUGCUAAACAGGGAAGGGUGGUCGUCGUGUUUUUUAUUUAAUUUACUCGGACUAUUGAGCUUUAUACACUAUUUGUUUCGCCACCCCUAGUCGUUAACCUAAAUUGAUGUUGAAUGAAUUCGGCAUGGAGAGAAUAGCGGAGCAGUCGUGGAAUUCUUCAUACACCUAUCAGGUGAGCAAUCAUAGCGCGGAGAUGCUACACAACCUCAACAUUCAGAGGAAAGAUGGAGGCAGGUUUUGCGAUGUGAUCUUGCGCGUUGGCGAAGAGAGCUUCCCUGCCCACAAGGCGGUACUGGCGGCGUGCAGCGAGUACUUCGAGUCCGUUUUUGGUUGUCAACCGGAGGGCGACGGGGAGGCAAAAGAACUCGAGAUGCAUACGAUAAGCCCCAAAGUUUUUAAAGACAUUUUGGACUUUGUCUACACCUCUAGGAUUGUGGUACGAUUGGAAUGUUUCCCCGAGUUGAUGACAGCUGCUAAGUUUCUGUUAAUGCGUUCUGUCAUCGAGAUAUGCCAAGAAGUAAUAAAACAGUCCAAUGUACAAAUCCUUAUACCACCCUCUCGAGGAGGCGACGUCAGUUUGUUCCGUGCCACGGGGGGCUCUGAAUUGGGUUUCAAAUUAGCGGUAGACAUGUCAAAUGGGAAUGGCUUGUUGGAAAAUAGCAACAAUGGGCACACACAUAAUGUGGACGGAAGUCAUGCCAAUGACACUCUUGUUUCGGAUAGCAGCCCCCAGUCCACUAUUCCAGUUCUGCAGCCCGUGUCUCCAUCAGAGAAGACGGGCAACCCGUUCCAAGAAGAGGGAUCUCCGGGUUCUAAGAGAGGCAGGGGACGACCAAAGAAAGCGACAGCCAUAGAGCAUAUACAUUAUAACCACAGCACCUCUGACGUUAAAGACAUUGAGCAGCUAUUUCCUUGUGGAAUAUGUGGCAAAGCAUUUACAGAGGCUGUGCGGUUGAGAAAUCACGAAGCGCAGCAUGGAGCGUCCAGCCAUGGCGCGAGUAGCGGAGGCGGCCCUACCUUGAUAACGCACUCUGGUCAGCCCGGUCUGUUGGAGAAUGGCAUGCCCUUGCAUGGAACAGUAGAUAUCAGCCGUAAACGAGAGAGGACGAGACGUCACGUUGGCUGUGACAUUUGUGGAAAGGUAUUCCGGGAUGUCUACCACCUGAACCGACACAAAUUGUCUCAUUCCGGGGAAAAGCCAUAUGCGUGCCAUGUCUGUGGCCUGCGAUUCAAGCGCAAGGAUAGGAUGUCAUACCAUGUGCGGUCACACGAUGGAUCUGUGGGCAAACCUUACGUCUGUCAAAGCUGUGGAAAGGGGUUUUCAAGGCCAGACCAUCUUAAUGGACACAUCAAGCAGGUUCACACAACAGAGAGACCCCAUAAGUGUCAGAUUUGUAAUGCCUCCUUUGCUACGAGAGAUCGUCUGCGGUCCCACCUGGCUUGCCACGAGGACAAGAUCCCGUGCCAGGUAUGUGGGAAGUACCUCCGGGCUGCGUACAUGACCGACCACCUCAAGAAACACAGUGAAGGACCUCACAACUACUGUAGCAUAUGCAACAAAGGUUUCUCCACUGCAUCCUACCUUAAGGUGCACGUAAAAACGCACCACGGCUCGCCAUUGCUCCCCGCUACCGCCCCAGCACACGGUGCCUUCCCCGAGCCGCAGAACCACGGCGGUGCCCUCUACCACACGGGACGCCAGUGCGCAGUGGAAGACCUGUGCACCAGUCGCCGGCUGCUGGUCACCUUUCAAGAGGCAGAGGGUCACUGCUUUCUCCCCCAGCCCGGCCCUCCCUUCCUGGGCCUGCAGCCCGAGCUGCUACUGGGGAAACCAGGGCCUGGGGGGGCUCCGUAUUUCUGGGAAUGCUCUGCCGGCCCGCCUGGGUUCCAACCCCUCCACGGGCCUCUGCCAGACGGGCAAGAGAAUGCCGGGAAAUGUCCCCAUCAGGGAGAAUCUGAGGGAGACGAGCCGUCUUUCAGGGAGCUGUCCAAUGGCGACGAGAUGAAAUCUCCGCAUAAGUCUGAGGGGGAGGAGCUUGGGUCUCCGACACCAUUCGCCUGCAACGGAGCCUCUGCUGGUACCGGGACAGUGCCGAGGUCGCCACCAGGUGGCGCUAAAGCCAAGACCAGCCAGGACUCUCCAGAGAAAAAGUUCCCCUGCAGCGAGUGCACCCAGACCUUCCGAACAAAAUCCUACCUCAACAAGCACGUCAACAGAGUGCAUCAUCAUGGGGUCCAGAAGAGUCUGGUGGUGGGUGCAGGGUCGGGGUCAGGUCUGGGGGAGCUGGGUCCUUCGCUGGGCUCGCCCUUCUCCCCACAACAGAACAUGUCUCUGCUGGAGUCGUUUGGCUUCCAGAUUGUCCAGUCUGCCUUUGCCUCGUCGCUGGUGGACUCUGAGGCAGGGCAUAGUGGGAUGGACCUGGGGGGGAAGUGACCCGUACGCCCUAGGUCUGUUCAGCCUAUCAGAUGGAAGGGAAUGAUGUUGUCUUUAGACUACUUUGCUGUUCAUUGCAUCAUCUCUCACUGUUGUUGUUUAUCACCUUCUGUUACCUUUCUGUGUCAUGGACCUCGCUAUUACUAUCAAUGUAAAUGUUCCAUUUCAUAGCAAUAUAUAAAAUGUACAUAAACGUGAAUCAUUUUAACAUUAAUCAACUUCAAAAGCUUUUUUGAAUCUGCUGUCUGUCUUUGAAGUCUACCGUCAGUCAUGUUUUUGUCUUUAUUGUAUUUCUAUUGUUUAUGACAUGACCAUCCGCUUAUGAUCCAUUACCAAACACAUGCACAUAUAAGAAACAUAUAUUAGUCAAUGCUGUUAUUGUUGUUAUGUCUGGUCCAGGGUUUUUUCUCAAUCAAAAUGGGGCUUAGGUGGUGGCAGUGGGCGUGGCCAUGGAGUCCUGAUUGGGCACCGAGAGAAAAUUUCCUGCAAUUUCACCAAGCUAAUUUCUUGCAGUUCCACACAUUUUAUCAUGGCGCUGUGGGGGGGGGGGAUUUCCUGCGAUUGUACACACUUUACCAUGGCUUAUGCGCAUUCUUAUGCUAGCUGAGUGACUCAAACAUUAAAACAAAAUCAAUGGGGGACAUUUUUUUUUUUUUUAAACAUUUUAGUUUCUCCCCGACUGUCUAGUUUUUUACAUUUAGAUCCAAAGAGGAUCUGUUUGAAAAAUAAAUAUGCCUAGGUCCAUUAUCUUUUCAACAUACGUUAUAUCUGGUUUUAGCCGUUUACACUGAAAACGUUUUCACUGUUUGGAUUUAGGCGGCCCGGCCAAGACUUUUCUAUGCAGAAAAAACCCUGAGGUCCUAGUCAUAUUGGUAAUCUGUGGGUUAGUACAUAUGUUGACUGGGCCAUUUUGAAAUGCUUUGUUAUCUACAUGGUUUUCACAGCUGCAGUGACGCCUUCUAACCCAAGGUUCCCCCUUACUUCAGACAGAGCCUCUGAUGGGAAGAGGCUGCAGAUGGACAUCUAGUCCAACUCCGAAUAUAAAGGAAAGGGAGAUACCUAGUCAGUUGUACGACUGAAUAUAUUCAACUGAAUAUAAUCAGUCAAUUCUGCAGGGCAAGAAUAUAACCUUAUGCCUCAGUAUGGCUGUCACAUUUGAUAAUGUUGUAUUCUCUUAUUAUGACAUUUUAAAGAACCGAUGUAUUUGUUAGUCACAUACUUGUGAAAUCAGUUCUGGGUAUUCAACAGGGACCAAGUUCAGGUUUGACUAUUAGAAAUCGUGAGAAAUGUAGAAUAUAUAUUUUAUUAACUUAUUGUCCGUGUUGUGCACAAAGUUGUUUUAUUUUUAUUUUUUCUAAAUCAACGUUUGAGAUGUCGAUGUGCUGUGCUGAUUUUACUCUUUAAGUUAUGCUAGAUACGGGAGGCCUACUAGGGAGCGACAAGAAGAGUAUGUAUGCUGAAAUAUCUGUGUGUGUGUGCGUGUUUGGUGCUCUGAUAUGUGUGCUUUUGUCCUCAGAAUGUAAUCAACCAGAAGGCUUUUGAUCUUUAAUUUGUUUCAGAUAAUUUUGCUCUAUUACUUUCAGUACAUUCCUGCUUUUAUUUAUAGUUAUAUUAUGAUUGUAAUGAGUGUAUAUAACAUUCAUAUAUAUGUAUAUAUGAAAUGUGUAUAUAUGUGAUCAAACCUAAUGAUUGAUUUUAAUAGUUUGUCAAUUAAUGGGGAUCCUGCGUGUGUGUGUGUGUGUGUGUGUAUAUAUAUAUAUGUAUGUGUAUAUAUAUAUAUAUAUAUAUAUAUAUAUAUAUAUAUAUAUAUAUAUAUAUAUAUAUAAAAUGUUUUUUUUUCCUUCCUUGCCAAUGAUGGAAAGAGGUGUGUAGGUUUUGGUGGUUUGAUUUGAAAGGUUUUCCUCACAGUGCACACCUAUGGUCUGCUGUGUACUGUUCUGGAUAUAAAUGUUUUUUUGGGGGUGUGGAUGGUGACGGAGGUUUCGCUGUUCACUGAAGACCUGGGUUCAAAAAGUACUCGAAAAGCAUUUGCUUGAGUCUGGCUGGAGUGACUGAUGGGUGGGUUUGCACUUUUGGGACUCUUCUAUUGUGCCAGGCAAGCUAAAUCAAAUACUAUUUGAACCCAGGUCUAGUUCACGCCGCUGUUACCUGGCUCUGGUAGUGUACACUACCAGUUUAGUGAUAGGACCCAUGGCUUUGAUCAAUCAGUCUGUUUAGGUCAUAUUAAGCUCUUUUUAUAUCCCCACUAAAUAGCGAUGCUUUUCACACAGCGAAUGGAGUAAAAAAUCAUUUAUAAAGGCCUGUUUUGUGUUAUUUAUUGGAUAAGUGAGAGCCGAUGCUGUUUAGAAAUAUGCCCUUAUAUAAUUGGUGGUUGUGGCAACACUUGGGAUCGCCCAUACAUGCUAAUCAAAUCAUCUGGUGGUAUUGUUUUAUUUAUCUCAUCUGUUUGGUACUUCAAUAUAAUAGAUGUUUUGAUUGAUUGCUUGGAUACUUACCUUUGCUGUUUUCUUGUCUUAUUCUGUUGGUCUGUUGCAAAGUGCCUUCCCAAUACUGAUUGUGCACGGCAGUGGAUUUGAAACGCGAGAUUAAAAAAAAGGACCUUUCUCUUGAAAUGGUAAAUCAUGCGCAGAUUGACUUGCAAUGACACUUUUGUACGCAUAAAAACAUGCACACACAGAAGAUGUACAUUUGUAUAUGUAUGUUACCUUGGUAUUUUAUCUCUGUACUCUGCAAGAUCGUUGAACUUAAAAAAAAAAAAAAAAUGGAGUUACAUGUUUUGUUAUAAAACCUUUGGACAUAUUUCAAUAUAAGCAUACUUUUCUAUAGAUGUCUGUUUUUGUACACUGUUUUUGAGUCUGUCAUCUCUGUCUAAUUGAUACAGAGAUGGGGAUUCAAUAAAGAUGUAUCUGAAACUGUU